GAUAGAGAGAGAGAGAGUCAGAGAGAUAAGGGGACCAAAAGAGAAGCUGUGUAAUCCUCAAAAGAACCAAGAAAGAAAGAUUAUGUUUCCCGUAAGAAAAACAAAGAGAGUUUUCUACUCCGCCGGAGUAGCCGGAGACGGCGACUUUACGCCGGGAAAGAAACGACGACGAUGCGUUUCUUCCAUUUCUCAGGCGCCGGAAACUAAAACCGGUCCAGAUUUGCUAGAUUCAAUCCCGGAGGAUCUUGUUGUUUCUAUUCUUUGUAAACUUGCCUCUACAUCUCGAUGUCCUGCUGAUUUCAUCAACGUUUUGAUGACAUGUAAGAGAUUAAACAGUUUAGCUACGAAUCCUCUGGUUUUGUCGAGAUUGUCUCGAAAAGCUAUUGCCGUAAAAGCUCAAAAUUGGUCGGAAUCAGCUCACCGGUUUCUCAAACGCUGCGUCGACGCCGGAAGUCUCGAAGCUUGCUACACUCUCGGAAUGAUUCGGUUUUACUGUCUGCAAAACAGAGGAAACGGCGCGUCGCUAAUGGCUAAAGCCGCGAUUAGCUCUCACGCGCCGGCUUUAUAUUCACUAGCGGUGAUUCAGUUCAACGGAAGCGGCGGUUCCAAGAACGAUAAAGAUCUCCGAGCCGGUGUGGCUCUAUGCGCGCGUGCCGCGUUUCUAGGACACGUGGACGCUCUCCGUGAGCUUGGUCACUGUCUCCAAGACGGUUACGGAGUUCCUCAAAACGUCACCGAAGGCCGGAGAUUCCUCGUCCAAGCCAACGCUCGUGAGCUCGCCGCCGUUAUAUCUUCCGGUAUCGAAGCUAGGUCGUGGCUAACUCUGUCUCAGCCUCCACAAAUCUCUGAUUCUAAUAACCAAAUCCAAAUCCAUGGCUGUCCCUUGCUUAGCGAUUUCGGAUGUAAUGUCCCGGCGCCGGAAACACAUCCUGCGAAUCGGUUUUUAGCGGAUUGGUUCGCCGUACGCGGCGGAGAUUGUCCCGGAGAUGGGUUGAGGCUGUGUUCUCACGGCGGAUGUGGACGGCCGGAGACGAGGAAACAUGAGUUUCGGAGGUGUUCGGUUUGUGGUGUUGUGAAUUAUUGUUCGCGAGCUUGUCAAGCUCUUGAUUGGAAACUCCGGCAUAAGAUGGAUUGUGCUCCGGUGGAACAAGAUGUAGCCGGUGACGGAGAAGGUAAUAACGUUCAGAUUGACGGAAAUGGUAACGGUGAUAACGGAUUAGUGCCAAUGAGUUAACGGCGAACAAUGUAACGGCUGCUUUUAAUUUAGAAACGCGAGGUGAGGAUAUAAAACGAAGCUUAUUUAGUUUCGUUUUUGUUUUUUUUAAUUAGAUGAAGGAUUAGGAUUAAAUAUUACCAACGGUUAGAUGGCGUUCAGGGUAAAUUUUGUAUUCUAAUCGAUUGUAAAGAAGAGUAUCAAUGAACGGCUAUAAUCUUUUUUU